AUGGCUUUCACACCGGCGUGGCUCGUACUUCUGCUCGCACUUUCUACCUCCGCGAAUCCCGUUCAGCAAAAUUCUGGAAGAGAUACUGUGCAGACAUGUGCAUCCUCUAUGGAUGGCGUGCUGCCACAGUAUACCCCUCCCGGCUUCAAGUUCAGCGGCAACGUCCGGAAGUACUACAUCGCAGCCGAGGAGGUAGAAUGGGACUAUGCCCCGACGGGAUGGGACAACUGGAUGGGAGUCCCGAUCGAGAAUUCGCCACGAGCCAAGGCAGCUGGCGCUCUCACAUACGGCACCAAGUGGUCGAAGGCGCUCUACCGUGGAUAUACCGAUGAUACAUUCACAAACCACACCGAACAACCUCCUUAUCAAGGAACUCAAGGUCCUACCAUACGGGCUGAGGUCGGCGACAUGAUAGAAAUUUUGUUCGUAAACAAGCUCGCACAAAACUACGCAACCAUGCACUCAAUGGGUCUCGCGUACACGAAGUAUAGCGAGGGUGCUACUUAUCCAAACAACACCAUGCCCGGUCAGAAUGUCGUUGUUCCACAGGCCGAGGCUGUGCCACCGGUCAUGGCGGGAGUCUCACCGGGCGCUUGCGUCGUUUAUAAAUGGGUUGUUGUCCCAGAGAACGGACCUUCGAAUGGCGAGCCUGCCAAGGCACACAGCUAUCAUUCAUAUGUCUCCAUGCAGGAAGACACAAACGCAGGCUUGAUUGGACCUACUUUCAUCUACGCCAAAGGACAAAUGGACUCCACCAUGGCCAACUACCGCGAGAUUCCGCUGCUAUACAUGUUCUACGACGAGUCGGUCUCUUUUCUCUCCGGCGUCAAUUCGGCAAAGCUGAACGGCGGCAACAACACCAACGCUUUGAACUCUACUGUCAUCUACUCUGGCGGCAACUUCACAUCAUGGCACCCACAGAACGUCAACUUUGAGAGUGCACAGCAGUUCUCCUCGGCUCCUCGCUUCGCCACGAUGAACGGCUACAUCUUCUCCAAUAGCCCCGUCUUCAACAUGUGCUACGAAGACAAAGUCAUCUGGUAUGUCAACGCAUACGGAAGCGCAAGUCACGUCUUCCACAUGCACGGAAGCGGUUAUACGUACCAGGGCGUCAGCGGCUUCGCCGAGUCGCUCAAUGAUGGUGUUGCCAAAACCUUCCACCAGACGGCGACUGCGUUGGGCAAAUGGCAGGUCAUUUGCCAUGUCAACAACCAUCACUCCGCCGGUAUGGUCGCCGAUUACCAGAUCUGGCCCAAGGGUCAAUGUCCAUUGGCUCCGCUGGGGUCUUCCGGCAAGGGCAAUGGCACUCACCCGACUUCUGCCAGCAAGAGUAGCCAUGCCACCACUUCACGCGCUCCGCAUUAUACUGCCUCGACAGGCGCUCGGUCGAGAUUGUGA